UACAGCAACACACUACCUUCAGAGGAAAAAUUUUUUAGACACCGUCUUUUUGGACUUGGUGCACAAAAUUUAUUUUAUUUAUCACAAUAAAUUAAAUAACAUCGAAAGCAAUGGCAUUACGUGUGCUUGGUAUUUCACAAAAUUUGAAAACCCUUUCGAGGACUGUCACCAUUUUAAAGCGUUUCAAAGCUAGUGAUGCUGCUUUAAAAAAAACUCUUCUCAAUAUACCAGCCACGCAAGUAACAGCAUUGAAUAAUGGUUUACGCGUUGCUAGCGAAGAUUCUGGUGCGUCUACCGCGACUGUAGGUCUCUGGAUCGAUGCUGGUUCUCGCUCCGAAACUAGUCAAAACAAUGGUGUAGCUCAUUUUCUCGAGCAUAUGGCCUUCAAGGGCACAGCUAAACGCUCUCAAACCGAUUUGGAGUUGGAAGUCGAAAAUAUGGGCGCACACCUAAACGCCUACACUUCUCGCGAGCAAACUGUUUUCUAUGCCAAAUGCUUAUCAAAAGAUGUACCAAAAGCUGUUGAGAUUUUAGCAGAUAUUAUUCAAAAUUCCAAAUUAGGCGAGUCCGAAAUUGAACGUGAACGAUCAGUUAUUUUACGUGAAAUGCAAGAAGUCGAGAGCAAUCUUCAGGAAGUUGUAUUCGAUCAUUUACAUGCCACUGCCUAUCAAGGAACCCCAUUAGGUCAAACUAUUUUGGGACCCACAAAGAAUAUUAAAUGCAUUGGAAAGAAUGAUCUUUCAAACUACAUUAAUACCCAUUACAAGGCCUCUCGUAUUGUACUUGCUGGAGCUGGUGGUGUCAAACACGAAGAAUUAGUCAAACUAGCUGAUCAGAAUUUAGGAAAAUUGGAAAAUACUUUCGACGGCAAAAUGCCUGAGGUUACAUCUUGCCGGUUUACUGGUUCCGAAGUGCGUGUACGUGAUGAUACUUUGCCAUUAGCUCAUGUGGCUAUUGCUGUAGAAGGUUGUGGCUGGACUGACCAAGAUAAUAUUCCAUUGAUGGUUGCUAAUACAUUAAUUGGCGCAUGGGAUCGUUCACAAGGUGGUGGUGUUAACAACGCUUCGAAUUUAGCACGUGCCAGCGCCGAAGACAAUUUAUGUCACAGCUUCCAAUCUUUCAAUACUUGCUACAAGGAUACUGGCUUAUGGGGUAUUUACUUUGUCUGCGAUCCUUUGCAAUGCGAGGAUAUGCUUUUCAACGUACAAACAGAGUGGAUGCGUCUCUGCACUAUGGUAACUGAUGCUGAAGUUGAACGUGCAAAGAAUUUGUUGAAGACUAACAUGCUUUUACAACUCGAUGGUACCACACCAAUUUGUGAAGACAUUGGCCGCCAGAUGCUCUGCUAUAAUCGUCGCAUACCAUUGCACGAACUUGAACACCGUAUUGAUGAGGUGACCGUACAAAAUGUACGUGAUGUAGCUAUGAAAUACAUUUACGAUAGAUGUCCAGCUGUCGCUUCAGUUGGUCCAGUAGAAAAUUUGCCCGACUAUAACAGAAUUCGUUCAUCAAUGUACUGGUUAAGAGUUUAAGAUUGGCGCUCGCUUAAAUAUAGUCUAACUAAAUAAAAAUUAUCAAUAAUUAAAUUUCUAAACAAAACUCAGCAAAAUUUCAAUUUCAAACCACUGCAAAUUAGAUACAAAAGGAUUCAAGGACUAUACAAUAAACAAAAUUUACAAUGUUGAUUAAACUAUA